AUGACAGCUGCCCAUUCUCAAGACGAAAUCUUUGGGAUCUGGACCAAAGAAAUUCCUGGCCUGAUCCCAGGGCAGUGGGCCAUUCAACUGCUGAAGUCUGCUUUUUAUUUUCACAGGUCCAAGCCUGAGGACAUUUGCCUUUUUGAUGAUCCCCAGGUUAAGGAAAUUGCACUCAAGUACAACAAAACCACGGCUCAGGUGCUUACGCAGCUCCAGAUUCGAAGAAAUGUGAGUCCAAUUCCCAAAUCUGUCACUCCACACCACAGCGAGGAAAAUUUUAAGGUGUUUGACUUUGAAUUGGCUAAAGAAGGGAUGGAAACCUUCCUUGCUUUCAAGAAGCAGUAUUGCAUCUGCGCAUUAAGUGAAUGCAAAAAUCGCAAGGACUAUCCUUUUUUGGAAGACUAACCCAAGGCAUCCUCUUCAGACCCUCCAGGGAUCAGGACUGUAUGUCAUUGUUUCAAGCAAUUUGUAAUACUUCAUGAGUAUUAAAUCACAAUAUAAGCGGAAUAUGUAUUACAAGAUGGGAGAAGGUAGCUCACAGGCAUUCUGAAGAGUCAUCUUUGAGCGCAUGUGCAUUUGCUUCCCGUAGUAUCAACCACAGUUAUAUCAGUCCUUUAUCUUUGCUCUGCUCUUCUUGUAGCAAAAUAUAUAUUCUCUUAUAAUUUAGUAAUGAUAAGUAAUGUUUAAUAAACCUGAAUCUUUGUCAUAACUAUAAAUCCUGAAAAAUUUUAGAGAAAUUUAGAUUCUCCUAGUGGUUGUAUUUUUGGACAAAAGGUCAAAACAGAAGCUAUCUUUUAGCUGUUAAUAGAAGACAAUCCAUUUAACAUCAGAAGAUCUUUAUGAGAUAAGACAGUAUGCUGCGUGAGGAAUUUCAGCAUAACAGGCUGAAAGCUCUUUAGAGGACACUGCUGAAUUACAUUUCAGGAGCCAUUUUCUUACUGAGGUUUCCUAUUUAUGAACUGCCAAAACCUAAUAAACUGGUGGGAGAUCUGUAUGUUUGGUUUAUCAUAUCUACAAGAGUAUACAAAUACUGCCUUUAUCAGUAGAAUGGCUGCAGUGAAGACUGUGAAUCUCUCCCAGCAAAUCCAAAGUCUGAUAAAGGAGACACGGAGGAAUUAUUUUGUUUGGCAACUGUCUUAUUUAACAAGCAGAAACAUCAGCCAGCUUCAUAGAAGCCACCAGUAGAUUUUCGCUCUCUUGUACCACCCCAUAGGUAGUGUCUGCUUGUGUUUUGACUGAAAGGAUGUCACUGGAUGUUGUUAUCUUUUGUAAAAAGAGCCUGUGCUACUGCAGCCCAUGCACCUGCUGGGGUUUU